ACGGACUGCCGGCGAGCAGACGACGUCCGUGAAAGUUUAUAAAAGUGGUUAUCUGUUUGUGGGAUUACAUUUGCUCAUGCAUUCCUCGUGGCAAGCGGCAGCAGAAAUGAAGCGCAUUCGCCUAACCUCAGAUGAUAUUGAUGAUGGUCAGGACCAAAGGUUGGCACUCGCGGGACAGGCCAGUGAUGUUCCUGCCCCGUCUGUUACGAUCAGGUAUCCCCCAGUAUUUGAUGAUGACGUGUCUUGUCAGCAGUUCCGGUACAUGGGAUGUAGACCGAGAAGACAGAGCUACCCCCCAUUCUGCCCUUCCUCUCAAGGGCAACCCUAUCCACCAGACCAACCAUGGCAGGGCGACCAGGAAGCAGGUAGCUGCUAUGAAGCCGUUGACUUUUCUAUGAACAGAGAUUCUUCACGUGGAGGCACACAAGUUCAUUCCGUAGGACCAGCGCCGUCUGCGUCGUGUGUGCCUUCGGCAUCAUUUCAUAGCAUUGGGACGAACGCUAGUCCAAGUCAUACGCCUGGGCGGUCAAUUCAAGACAGUCUUGGAAGCACUCCAGCAUUUCAACCUCGGGACCAGGUGCUUGGUCAAAUGCCGCUGGUCCCAAUGAGUCCCAAUACAGAACCAUUUUCGUUUACUCUUCUUCACGGCUCUAGUUUCCUGAGAAAAACCGAACCGUCCUUUUUUCCUGGGCCGAGUUACCAACAUCAGUCCUAUCCAGAUCCAGCCGCUCCUCCCUUCCAGCGAGCUCCGGCUUUUCCAGCACAUGUUCCCGAUCUCUCAGCUGGAUUAAGCAGUGCUGAUGAAAAACCUUGUCACCAACCGGAGGAAUCCCAACAACUGGUCUACUACAACCUUGACACACCCCAGAGCAGCCAGUCCGUGGAGAGAGAUCUUGUGACGGCACAUUAUCAGAUCGAAGACGGCAGUAUUGGCGUCCCUCUUCACCUCAGACCUUUGUUAUCGUAAGUCAAUAAGUACAUCUAUAUCUACUGACUUGCAUAAUAGUAAAUGACAAAAAAA